GUAUUAUUAUUCAUUGUGUAUAUAGUACUUGUUUACCAGUGUUUAAAAAACUAAUUCUCCCAUUCUAAGAUUAUAAAAUAUUUAAUUUUAUAUAGAGUUAAAAUCUAACUGCAUUAUUUUAAAUAAUCCUUUCUUCGUACUAAAGAAACAACGUUCUGGCGGUCAGCUGCAUGCGAUUGCUUGAAAGGAAAAAUAAAUAAAUAAUAGUUGAAUAAAACUACUUUCAGAAUUAAAAGCUUUGUCUUGAUGAUUAUUUUGUAAAUACUCCUUUUGUAUAUAGUUGUGAUGAGUUCAACCACUUCACAAAGAGCAGGUAGAAGCUCUAAAGAUAGGCCUAAACAGCCUUCACAUUCUACGACAAAAAAUUCGACAGAAGGACAGAAAACAGGAGAUAAUGCAGUUCCCAAAAUACAACCUACUGCUGAGCAGAUGCGGAUUGCACAGAUUAUUUAUGAUGGAAAUAAAGCUGACUAUCCAGAUUUAAAAGACAAAGUUGAAAGGAUCAUAGAAAUAACAGGAAGAACAAAAGAUGAUGCCUUGGUGGCUCUUCAUGAUUGUGACAAUGAUUCAAACCGUGCUACAAUUAUGCUUUUAGAGGGCAAUGAAGACGAAGGCAAGUGGGAAACAUCCGGCAAGAAAAAGAAAAACAGACAGACUCAACAGAAAGCUCCAGAAGUCAAUGGUCAUGAACCUGCACCAGUUGAAAAAGAAGAAAAAGAACCAGUUGUCGAGAAUACAAACAGACGAAGGGAACCAAAGCAGAGGGGUGAAGGAUCUUAUAGAUACAGAGGUCCUCCUCGCAUGAAUCGUGGAGGAAAUCAGAAUCGAAAUUGGAGAAAUAAAGAAAAUGAGAAAAACGAAAGGAAUUUACAAGAGGGUCGCAGAGAGAGGAACAAUGAAGGCCGAUCGCGAGGUCCAAGGAAAAACUUUUCAGGUAGAGGAAGAGGCAGGGGUGGCCGUAGUCGAACUUUUCAAAAUAGAGGUCUCCAGAAUAAUGAUGGUUUUCCGGAGUCUAUCGACACAUGGAAUAAUAGUACCGCUGAAAAAGUCAACAUGACCAAUGCUGCAGAUUCAACAAUGACUGUCGGAAACUGGUCUGAUGUUGCAGUUACAGAAGAAUGGAGUGAAGAAGAUUGGGCAGAAAAUCUGACAGAAACUAAAGUUUUUACCCCUAGUGCUGGCACUCAAUCAACUGCAGUUGCUGGAUUAGACAUUCCAACAGCUACAGCUCUCGGGCAAAAUAUUGAUUUAGCGAGUUUUUUGCAAAAAUCUGCCUCUAGUUCUGAACAGAAUUCAAGCAUGCCGGCUACUAAUGGUCCAUCUGUGGGACCGGCUUCUCUAUUGUCUCAGCAGAUCCCUCAAAUGCAGCAAGCAGUGGCACCACAGUCGCAAUCACAUUUUGACUUCAACCAAUUUGCAAAACAAGCUGAAGCUCAAAUUAAAGCAGCAGUUGGUGUUGUGAGUCAAAAUACCCCCGCUGCCCCCUCAAUCAACUCUAGUUCAUUUCAGUCAAACAGCCCUAACUAUCCAUCAAGCUAUAGUGUUAAUAACACUAGCAGUCAACAUCAUGUUCAACUUCCACCUGAGCUGCAACAAGUUAUUGUCUCCCAGUCCAAUUAUUCUUCAACGUCCUCAUCCGGUGUUCAUAUUUCAAGGGAUCUGCAUUCGCCUGUUGCAUCCCAACAGAGUAUGAGCACAACAAAAACAACAACCUCGCAACAUCAAACAUCUCCUCUACCGCAAAGGGUGAAACCGCCACCAAAAGCUAGACUACCACCUCCGUCUAAGAUUCCAGAAUCGGCUGUAGUAAUGCCUGAUGAUGCAGUCACAUCUCUAGAUGUACAAUUUGGAGCUUUACAGUUUGGUACUGAUUCAUCGCCGUUUGACUUCACAUCUGGUGAAACCAGUAGUGCUUAUCAGGAUCUAGGACAAAGCUCAAGUGUUUCCAGUCAUGUAAAUAGUCAAACAUUACCAUCGAGCAUUACCUCUUCAGCUUACUCAAAUGCUUUGCCAUCUUCCGUGACUAUGAGUAAAGAAUCUACUUAUAAUAUUGGGUCUCACAGUAGCCCAAGUCAGAACUCUAUAUCCAAUGAACUUGGCCAGUCACAAAAGGUUGCAAACCAAGAGAGUAUUUUAUUAUCUCAAAGUGAGCAUAAAAGUGUUGAAAAUGUGUCUUCAUUUGUUAAUCAUCGAUCAAAUCAAGGUAGCAAUCUAGAAAGUACUAUGAUGAGUAACAAGUCAGACCAGAGUGCUCUGAAUUUUAACACAUCCACUCAUGAUUCGGCAUAUUCUUCUUAUUCCAAUCAAAAGUCAGUGUUGAACUCGUCCAACCUUGUGCCAUCUACUGUGAGCUACACCCACACUUCUUCAUCCAUGAACAGUGGAUCCAGUGAUAUAUCUAGCAAUCAGCCAUCCCAGCCAAAAUAUCAGGGGCAAUCUCAGAAUUCCUCUUACGUUUCAGGAUCCUCAUCUGCUUAUGGUCUACAGCCUACACCUUAUUCUACUCCUGUUACCACAACAGCAAGCUCCUAUUCUUCUCAAACUGGUUAUAGUUCCCAUUCAUCUUCUUAUGGAACAAAUAAUAGCAGUUAUAAUAGUCAACAAAGUGUAUACAGUGGUGCAGUGACUACAGCUGCUCAGUCUGGUUCUAUGAUCUCUACUUCUGUAUCCAAUUCUAAAUUAUCUAAUUCUCUUAACCACAGUGUGAAAGAAUCAUCCCUCCUAGAAUCCCAACACAAUUCAUCUCAACACUCUUACGAAGUUCCAAGUACGACAACUAGUUCAAGUGUCUUAUCUGUGAGCAGUUUGGCACAAACGUCGGCUACGAAUCAUUCGGUACAAAAUUCUUCGAAUAUGAACUCUGUCUUGGGUCUUGUUUCAACAUCAUCUUCAACCACCACAACAUCAGUGCUCAAGAACUCUCUCUCUGCAACAGGUAAAGCAGUACCAAAUAUUCCACAAAAUAUGCCAGCUGCAAUGUUGGGUCAUCAGUAUGUUAUGGGGCAGGCCAGUUUGCCAUUCUACGGUUUGCAACAGCCCAUCUACAGUUAUGAAGAUGUGCAAGUAUUACAAUCCAAACUCUCAUCCAUGGGUUUACAGUCGCCUGUCUAUAGUUAUGAAGACAUGCAGAUGUUGCAGUCGAAGCUAUCCACUUUGGGCUACUAUGAUAUGCAGUUUCAAGCUCCUACAAGCAUGACUGGGCGGGAUCCAGGCAUGACCAGUGUAGCUUAUACAGCUGAUGGUAAAUACAGUAGAGCAGAAACUGAUGCCUCAACAGUAGCUACAACAUUAUCUCAAGGUCAGGCAAGCACUCAGGCUCAUGGACAAGCUUUCUUAAAUCCUGCUGCUGCUCUGCCGCCUGGUUAUGGUUAUUACUUUGCUGGGGGCAUGAUGGGAGGUAUUCAUCACUAUGCGGCACCCCCCAUCUUCCCAGUUCCUCCUGCGACUAACACCCAUGGAGCAACCACUAAUUCUCAAUUUCAGAAAGCUAAUGCGUAUGGAUCACACUCCUACAGUUCAGGUUAUGAGAGUUUGAGCCAACAGCAAGAUUACUCCAAAGGUACUUAUGGUGCUGCUUCUCAAAAUCAGGUUAAAGGAGUGUCAGGAUCUGGUGCUGUUCCUGAUCUUUCUGGUUCAGUGUACAGCAAGGCGCAUGCUGCUCAGCUUGCCAAGUCCUAUGACAAGCCUGGUUUCCACACUGGCACUCCUCCUCCAUUCAAUUUGGCUGGCAGUCAGGCAGCGGGUCCUCUUGGUGCCUCCUCUGGCCCGUAUGCCACUCAAUUCAUACCAGUCUUAGCCCACGGGCAGCAUCACUCGACUGCUCUUCUUCACCACCAUAUGCAGCAGGACACAACUCAGGCUGGUGGGACUCCAGCUGCUGGACAGAGGGGACCACAAGGGCUUGGGCAACAGAAGAAUAGUAACAAACAAAAUUACGCCUAUUGGACCAGCAAUUAAGAAUGGACUCUCCCUACUAUUUGAGAAGAAAAGACGUAAGAAAGAAAUGAACUUCUCUUGUGUAUUGUAGAAAAAUAAACAAAAAAAGUGGUUUUGAAUUAGGUGGACACCAGAGACGUUUGUGAUCUUCAUAAAGACUUUCCCCCUAGAUUUCCAUCUGAUGGCGGAACUCAAGCUCUUAUAUUUUCUCCCCCCCCCUUCUCAUCAUUACUUUAUUUGGCAUUUCCUGUAAAGUAGCAGAUGCAUAUUUGCCUUUGUAUUUUCUGUCUCUAAAUCUUUUGCUAUCCUGAUUGGUAUUUCCUAUGGGAAAAAAAUUGUUUUUAGUAUUGUUUAGUUUCAUUGAAGGUUUUUAUUUUUUUUUCUCCCUGCCCAAAGUUUUAAAUGUAUAUGGGCAUCAAAUGUUGUAUGAAGAGUUUUAGAUUUUUUACAUUUGCCUUAUUUAUUAAAAAAUAAUAAAAAUAACAAGAACUUUAAUCAUUGUAUGUAUUGUAUUAACUUCGGAUUUCGUCCCUUGAGCAUGAUAUCUAGGUCUUUGUGUGGCUUCACUGUUAGGUUCGGUGUGUUUUUAUGGUCACCGGUUAUUGCUAUGUAUGUAUAAAGCACACUUUUGUCUGUUUUAACCCUAAGAUCCUUUUCUUUGCCACGUCCUACAUAUAUAUAACAGAAUCUAGAUAUUUUUGUGUGACCAAACUGUUCAUAGGAAUUGUAAAUUGUGUUGUAUCGAGUACAAAAUUUAAGCGUCAGUGGAAUUGUAAAUUUUGUGAAGUAUUGAUGUGUGGAGAACUUAAUUUAAAAUUUUUAUUUUUGAGUUACUACUUUUCGAUUUGUUAAUCAAAAUAUUGAUUAUACUCAUUAGUUACCUUAACUAAAUUUAAUCUUACAACUAUUCUUACUGGUCAUGUACAGAAAUAAUGACUCUGGGUAGCUUUCUAAUAAAAAUAACUGCUAGUGAUUAUAAUUUUUGCUGCCCCCAUUUACACAUUGGACUCCCCUUCCAUUGCUUAAGGAGUCUUGUUCAGAAAAAAAAAAAGCACCAGAUGCUGUUUUAUGAGUAUCUUUCUACGUACACAAUUCUCUCUCAUGUUGUUCUGUGAUUUUUUAGUGGUUAUUGUGUAUAUAUUCUGAUGGUGGUCUUUACAAAACCCCACUUUGUAUGUAUCGGAGAAAAGCAUUUGUAUUAGGUAUUGUAAUUUGAAUACUUCUCUCUGGUUUUGUUAUAAAGCCAGUAUAUAAAUGAAUUACAAAUUAAACAUGAUAUCCUAUAAUUUUGUUCUACCUGUUAUUAUAUAUGUCCAUGGACGUUCUAAACAGAACUUAACAGUUUUGUGCUCUUUUGUAGAACUUGAAAGUUUUUUUUUUUUCCUUUGAUUAUUCAUUGCUUUUAAAAGAAAGAUAGUUGGCUUGUAAAUUGAUGUAUAAACUUUUAUCUUAAAAGAAAGAAGAAAAAAAAUUUGCCUUUCAAGUGCA